UGAUCGGACCGUGACGAUCACAUCCUCUUUAAGAUUUGAUAUGAGGACAUUAUUAGUAUUAUCAUGUGAUGGUGUGGUGGUGUCAAGUCUGAAUGUGUAUUGCACAAUGUGCGCAUUGUGCAGGCAGAAUUUCUGAGACGUGGGUCAGUUUCUCACAACAUCAGUUUAAACAACAAGAGCCUCCUCUGUCUGGUCAUUUGUGUGAUUUUGAUGACUUGGACAUCUAACUGUUGGCUGUGAUCUUCUUCUGCAGAAAAAUGCAGAUGGCGCCGGUGUACUUCAUUGUUCUUCUGAUGCUUCAGUCUGGACUCUUGCAUGGAGCUGAACCUCCAAACCUAAACUGUCCUGCUUAUGGUGGAGUACCAGGCACUCCUGGACACAACGGUCUGCCUGGAAGAGAUGGUAGAGAUGGAAAAGAUGGGGUCAUUGGACCUAAAGGAGAGAAGGGAGAGCCAGGAGUGGAUGUGCAGGGACCAGCAGGUAAAGCAGGACCACCUGGACCACAAGGACUAACAGGGCCACCAGGUCUACCAGGGCAUCCUGGAGAUGACAUCACAUCUUUAAAAUCUGAGAUCCAGCAUCUAAACACCAAGAUUGCCAUAAUGGAGAAAUUUGCAAGUUUUGAUACAUUCAGAAAGGUUGGACAGAAAUACUUUGUUUAUGAUGGUGUUGUAGAAAAUUUUAAUAAUGGGAUUAAAUGGUGCAAGGAAAUUGGUGGAACAAUUGCUUUGCCAAGAAAUGCUGAAGAAAACCGAGCGUUGCUAAGAGUAGCGCUAGCCAGUGGAUUAAGUGGUAAGAAGCCAUAUAUUAGAGUCACAGACAGAGACAAAGAAGGACAGUUUGUAGACAUUGAUGGAAAACCCUUGACUUUUACCAAAUGGGAUUCUGGUCAACCUGAUGAUUAUAAGGGAGCACAAGAUUGUGGUGCUCUCAUAGAUUCCGGUUUUUGGGAUGAUGUUGGUUGCAAUGUUCCACAUCAUAUCAUAUGUGAAAUAGAAAUCAACUAGAAUGUGCCUCAUUCAGGAUAUAAGUAACUAUACAAACCUGCAGGAUUAUACACAUAUUCACACAUAUUCAUCUGACUGUCAAAUAUUUCCACAAUUAAAUAACAUUUUAUAAUAAAAAAAUGAAAUAACAGGGUCUCGAAAGAGGGGCCAUAUUACCCGUAUUUUGUGUUCUUCACAUUAGUUAUUAAUUUAAUUGUUUUUUCACAAGCUCGCAUUAACUCUUUCCCCGCCAGCGUUUUUUAAAAAAAGUUGCCAGCCAGCGCCAGCAUUUUUCAUGAUUUUCACAAAAGUUUAAUGCCUUCCAGAAAAUGUUCUUCUUUAAAUAUAUAAACAAACAAUAUAUCAGAUGAAAGAACAGACCCUCUGCUUUCAAAAAAAAGAAAAGAAAGUUUCAUCCUACCUUCAUUAGUUCUCUUGUAAUCACCUCUCAAACAUGGGUAGGUUUCUUCAAAAACACCCAAUUUUGAGCAAAAAGCUGAGAUAAUUCCAUUUUUGCGAAAGAAUUUUGAUAGAGAUCAGAUGCAGAGCGAUCUUUAAAACAUACACGGAGUUCUUUCUCUUUCACGUGAGGCGCUACUUCCGGGUUGUAUAAGUUGCAGAAGAUAAUAGCGGUAUUGCGAAAGACGGAAAAUCUCGUCAUUGGCAGGGAAGCGUUUUCUCUUAAUUGACGAGGUAUCUCGUCAAUGGCGGCGAAACAGUUAACAUGUAAUAGAUAGGGAAUGAGAAAAAACAUAUUUGGCGUGCUGUCCGAGGAGAGGGCUCUGAGCUCUGAAUUUUAGCCAAACCCAGAGUACUCCCCCCUCUUUAACUGUGAUAAAUGAAACUAGAUGAGAGUGAGGUGAUGGGGUGGAGGAGGGAUGCUGCAAAAAAUCUGUCACGGGACAUAGGUGAGGGACUGCUAUUUAUAGGCACAUCUUUGCACUGAUUGGUCGGCUUAGUUGAAUAAACUUCAUUAAAUAAAUUUUUACAUGGUAUGGUACCACCGUAUCUUUUUGAUUUAGUACACUUAUACUUGCCUUCGAGAUCCUUUAGGUCCUCGGACAAGAAAUUUCUGAUCAAAGUCUAGGGGUAAAUCUUGGGGAGAUUGUGCUUUCUCUGUCUGUGCCCCCAAGCUUUGGAAUAGUCUGCCGCUUAGGACUACCUCCACAAUCUCUUUUAAAGACUCAUCUUUUUUUUCUCUGGCUUUUAUGUGAGUAGUUUUAUGUUGUUUCAAAUGUACAGCACAUUGGUCAACUGCUUUA